GCGGCGCUGCAGGCGCGCUCCGCUUGAGCCAGCUGCGCGCCGUGCUCGUGGCCGAUCAUUUGGCGCGAGCUCUGCGCGCGCAUGGGGCGAGUGUGCGGCUGGUGCCCGCCGUACGGGACCCGCACAUGCCGACCUUCCUGCAGCAACUGCACGUGGACUGGCCCGCUGCCUCCGAGAGAGCCGCCACCGAAGCCCUGAGGAGCCUCGCGCUUGCAGAGCUUAGCCCUGCCCGGGACGGGGAAGCCCUGCCCCCUGGCGUCCUGGGCACAGUGUGCCUGAAGGAGGUGAUGCAAGAACGGGGACGCGCAGGUGGCUACGACCCCAACCUGGACAAGUGUCUGGUGACUGAGGAUCUGCUCUGCGCGCUGGCCGAGCUGCAGGAGGCUGUCCGCCACGGGCCUGGGGACGGCCCUCCAGGCCUGGCAGAGGCCGCGGAUGCUGAUGCGGGCGGCUGCAUGGUCGUACACGUGGUGAGCUGUGAGGAGGAGUUCCAGCAACAGAAGUUGGACUUGCUUUGGUGGAAGCUGGACGAGCAGGCUCCGCUCACACAGAAGCACCUGGUCUGUGGCCCAGUGAAAGCAGCUGGUGCCCCCGGCGCCCUGACUGCCCCCGAGUACUACGAGCCCCCCGGCUCACUCUUCUCCACACUCAGGCUCCGGCACGCCCAGGUGUGCAAGGCGUCGGCCCGGAAGCGCGGCAGGGAGCUGGCCCGAGACCCGGCCUGGACGGAGGUCGUCCGCGUUCUCUCUGUGGCGACCAUCAAGUUCGAGAUGCUCAGCACAGCCCCACAGAGUCAGCUCCUCCUGGCCCUGGCCGGCGGCAGCAUUUCCACAAAGGGCACCAAGAGUGGCACCUUCGUCAUGUACAACUGUGCCCGUCUUGCCACACUAUUUGAGGGGUACAAGCACAGCACGGAACAAGGUCGGUACCCCACUUUUCCACCUGUGAGCAGUCUCAAUUUUUCACUGCUACAGGAUGAGGGUGAGUGGCUGCUGCUCUUCAACGGCGUGCUCCCCUUCCCAGACGUGCUGAGCCAGACCGCAGCCUUGGCGUGCGCGGCCCCGGGGCUCCACGCAACGGCGCGCACCGAGACGAUGUGCAAGUUCCUGGUUCAGCUCAGCAUGGAUUUCAGCUCAUACUAUAACCGCAUACACAUCCUAGGAGUAAGUACACAGCAAAGGGGGGGGUGCUUGCAGGGGUGCAAGGGAAGCAAAGGAAGAGACCAGCAGGCCCCUUCUCUCCUCCAGGAGCCUCGACCACACCUAUUUGGUCAAAUGUUUGCCCGUCUCCAGCUUCUGCGGGCCGUGCGUGAAGUGCUCCACGCUGGCCUAGCCAUGCUGGGUCUCCCUCCACUGAACCACAUCUAAGGCCACAGAGACCCCGACAGCUAGGAAUGUUUACAAAGUCAUGACCUGGAAAAAAGAUACAAAGAUGCUGUUAGAGACCUGGAGCCAAAAUAAAUUGCUUCUGUUCCGUACAAA